UCACUGUCUGACUCGCUUUAAAGCUCCGUUGAGGCUUUCGAAUAAGCACCGAAAGCUUUGUUUUGGCGGCAAAUUUUGCGGUCGCGUGACUCGGGUAUAUUUGUUUAUUGAGUUUUUUUAUGUAAUGACGUGAAUAACUUUAGACAAUUCACCGUUGGAAUUAUGAAGGACAUUUUUGUGGUAUGGAUUUUUGCUAUUCAGGCCUAUUGUGGCGCGCUCGGCGCGUAUUUCUCAAUGUCAGACAUAAAGCUGACGAUUCCCCGCGCGAUAAAAACUUACAAAGAGUCAAUUGUCGAUCUUAGAGCGAUGAGCGAUGGGCCCCGUAGCAGAGACGACUUAAUUUAUGGACUUAAUGGAACUAGGGAAUACAUUCAAGUCAAUGCAACAACUGGAGGGAUUUUUCUAACUCCUACGUUUAUCAAACAUAUUGAUAAAAUAGGCACUAUCUCGCUGACCGCGACUGUUAAGGACACGGCGCAUUCUGAAUCCGAUAACACGACGAUCCAAGUGAGCGUCUCCCCUUUAAAGGAAUUAGAUUGUGAUGAAAUAGUGGAGGACAUUUGUUUCUGGAGUCAAGUGUCCUACAAAGUCGAGAGCACCAAUGAUGGGGUUCCACUAGGGCAGCUGUCGUCUCCUCUUCUGCUGAAAAUGUGUCCUUUUAAGAUCAGUUAUCAGUUAUCAAAACCACAAAAGUUCGUCACUCUGGUCCCGCCAAACACCAUUCAAAAUUACUGGUCUCUGGCCCUUACCGAGCGAGCCAGAAAAUUUAAGGAAACCGACAUUCACUUAAAACUGACCUGUACCGUAGAAACCGUUAGCGGGACACAAAAAGGGAAUAUGCGAGAAGUAAAAAAGGUCAUUACGGUGUCAAUAUUGGAUAUAGACCAAUACCCGCCGGAGCCUCAAUUACCUGAACUUCGUAUUGAGUUGAGUGAGAGGAAUUACAAAAAGGGAGACAAGAUUAAGCACAAAUCUCUACUAUUUAGAGACAAUGACACCACUAACGCAAAUCAUUAUAACUUUUUCAUCGAAGAUUUUAACCUACAUGACAAUGAAAAGCCGAUACUUAAACCGGAUUGCAAGGAAAAAGUAGAGGAAACUCGAACAGUUGUAUACUGUGGAUUUGUACUUAAUCAAGAUAAAUCGUUCAAGGAAGGAACAUAUACAGUUGUACUAAAACUUAAUGAUACUUCACUUAAUAAUAAAAGCGUGGAUUCUGUGGCAGUGUUUCGUGUUCACCUGGUUUUCAAAGGCAUUCCUGAAUCACUAACUAAAUUAAAACUGUAUCCGAGUGAAACGGAAAUAUUCAGGACAGCAGCACCGUACGCGAAAGUAGUUGAACCGAAAGAUCUGAAUGGAAACUACAGUGAUUUUGUACUUGACGAGAUGUCCAAGUUUAAAGAAAUAUUUAACAUAACAAAACGAGAAGGAAUCGUGUUCGUCCAGAAUUUUCUCAAAUUGAAAGAUAUAACAACACAGAACUUACAUCUUAAUAUAUCCUGGACCAAAAACAAUAAACGGGAAUCUGAUCAAUUCAAAGUAACAGUUACUACUGAGCCCAAUCCAACUUGUGGAAAUAUAAGUAAACUCGAGAGAUGGACUUCUUGUUCGGAAUACGAAACAAUCGAUGAAUGUCUGCAACCAGAUUCUUGUGCGGUUGGUACAGGAGGACGUCAAAGUGUUAAAAAUAGACAUGUUCCAAAUGGUCCAAAAAGGUGCAUGUGGAGAGGCGACGAAAAAGCAGUGACCAUUACCCACUUGUAUUCAACUUGUACACCCGAAUCCAAAACGUGUCCAGAUGGUAUAUGCGACUCAUUUGAAAAACUGAAUUACAAGUUAUGUCCCCAAGAUUGUGCCGAGAGAGCGGUAUUUCCUUUAAAACUUAACAAAAAAACUGGAAGAGGCAUAGACGAAGCUAGUGGAACUAUAAUAUGUAAUUUUGGUCAAUGCCAGUCUAUAAAAUCUAGAAGAUCUGUACCAAAGACUACCAGUAAUCACCGCCAGGAAAAACCGCCGAAACAACAGGUGAAAGAAGCUCUUAGUGUCUCGAGGGAGAGUGUGAUGCAGAACGUUACAUUAGGAGGAUUUGUUAGUUCUAAAUGUGGAUUUAGCUGCUUGGCUGGGAUUGGAGCGGGCGCUUUGUUUCUUGUAACCUCUACCAUCUUAAUAAUCGUCUGUUGGAAGAUCAGAAAAACGAGAAAAUCAGCAAGAAACUUGUCUGAAAAAGAUAGUCAAGAAUUAACGGCUCCUUUGUCCGUACCAGCAAAUCGAGAAGGCAUUGGUGAACAGCUUUCUUUUAAUUUCCCAAUGAAUUCAGCUGUGAACGAUACUUCAUUUGUGAACAGUAUUCUGAGCAAAUAUGCACCCGAUCCCAAAUGGGAAUUCCCAAGAUCCCAACUCGUCAUUGAACAAACGCUAGGAGAGGGAGAAUUCGGGAAGGUCUUGAGAGCUAAAGCGAAUAAUAUAUGUGGAAAGCAAGGAUUUACAACAGUCGCCGUCAAGACAUUAAAAGAUGAUGCUAGAGAAUCAGAGCUAAACGAUCUGCUUUCUGAAUACCAGCUGCUAAAAGAAGUAUCUCAUCCUAAUGUUAUCCGAUUACUUGGUGUGAGUACUACUCCCGGAGGACCAGUGUAUCUCAUAAUUGAAUAUGCUGAAUUCGGAUCAUUAAGGAACUACUUAAGGAGAACCAGACAUUUACAAAACAAUUCUACAGAGCCUCAAAUUUUACUAAAAGAAGAUCCAGUUGGUCACUACGAUGAACCCAAAGUAAGCGAUAUUACUCCCAAAGAUCUUCUAUCUUUUGCCUGGCAGAUUUGUAAUGGAAUGGGCUAUCUUAGUGAUAUGAAGCUCGUUCAUAGGGACCUGGCUGCCAGAAAUGUAUUGCUAGCGGAUGACAAAGUAUGCAAAAUAUCCGAUUUUGGGUUAACGAGAGAUGUAUAUGAAGACAAUGCAUAUCUUAAACGUAGCAAAGGAAGAGUUCCAGUAAAAUGGAUGGCUCCAGAGUCACUGGCAGAUCACAUUUAUACCACAAAAUCGGACGUUUGGAGUUUUGGUAUUCUAGUUUGGGAACUUGUUACAUUGGGAGCAACACCUUAUCCUGGAAUUGCCGUCCAGAACCUAUUCCAUCUGCUCCGGCAGGGUUAUCGAAUGGAGAGGCCCGAUAACUGUUCCGUUGGACUGUACAAAAUUAUGAGAGAUUGCUGGAGCAUAGAUCCAGAACAAAGGCCGUCUUUCCAGGAUCUUAGUAAAUGGUUUGCAAAACUGCUGGAAGACAAAAUGGAGUACAUCAAUUUAUCAAACAAUGCUAUAUACAAUAGGGGGUAUUUUAUGUCCCCAUUUGAGGAAGAGGAAGAGGAAGAAAGAGAUGCUGAAGAAAAUAACUUGGAUGAUUCAUCUUCCGAAAUCAAUCCACUGAACUAUCUGUCAAGAACGGAGUCCUUAGAAAAAUGCGAAAUUAGAGAAAAAAAACUGAACGAAGAAUUAGAGAAAAUAGCUGAUGAUAAGAUAGUUAAUACAGAGGGCUACGAAACGCCCAUUAAGGUGCCCAGGAAGUUGAAGACUCCAAGUAACGAAGAUCCUCAAGAAUACACUGACAUGGGGGGCAAAUGAUUGUUAAAGGAAUAAAACGUGAAUUAAAAAGGAUUUUUAAGGAGAUUUGAGGUGUAACAAGUUACGUAGUUGACAUUUGGGUAUUACCUAUAUCACGGUACAAAAUGAUUUUAAGAUGAGAUAUUCAAAAGAUAAAAGACUGUAUAUAGAUGUUUUUAUUGCAAUGAAGCACAACAAAUACUUAGAUGAUAUUGAACCAUUUUUCUGUGCAUUACCUGUAUACAAAAUAUUGCUUUUGCUGAUUGUAUAUAAAUAAAACUUUAAUAAUAUAUCUUUACACUGCAAAUAAUUUAUUUAUAUGUAUAAGUAAGAAAACAACAACUAACUUAAACUAUAUGAAUUCAAAAAGAUCAAAAUGUUAUAUAAAUUCUAAAGGUAAGUUUGAUAAAAAAGUAAUCCAAAUGAGACCAAAUAAGACCUAAUUAUUGAACAGCUACUCUUUGUUCGCGCAUAUUAUCUGGCGAGUAAAUAUUACACAUUUUUUUUUCUUUAAGUCUCCUUCAUUUUCUCCUAUAGAAGAUGGGUAACAAUUUUAGCAAUUUUUUCUAUAUCUUGGAUCUCCUUUAGCUAAUGGUGUGGGGGCAGGCAUGUCCAAUCUUGUAUGUUCUUAAGCCAGGAUCACUGUCUAUGCCCUGGUCCGCAUCUACCCUUAAUUUUGUCAUUUAUUAUGAGUUAGAGUAGAAGAGGACAGGGACGUGAGGAAUUAGCAUACAUUUGUUUACAAAUUAGCAUCAUGUAACGAAUAGGUACUCUUAAAAUGAAUGUAUGAGAUAUUAUAAAAUAAGGUAACAACAGCUACAUAUCAACAAAGAUGGGAAAAUAGGAUGCCAUGACACACCAGUUAAAUUUUUGAAAGUUUUCAACGAGAACAACUUGAAUGUAAUGGUAAAACGAUUCCAUAAGACAUAAGAUACCGGUCAAGAUAAGGUAUGAUCUGCUGCAUCUUAAACAGAAUUUGGUAGUGCAUUAUUAAAUACGCCUUUUAUAUCUGGGCAGCUACUGGUCAUUGCGUAUCUCAUUUAUUAAGGGAGCGAUUGAUUUUCUCAAAUACUUCGUUCAGUGCUGUUUUUGUUGAUGAAGAUGAUGCCUGAAUGGUCUUCCUUAAUAUGUCUUUAAUAGAUUGUUUAUUAUCUUCAACAGAAAUAAUGUAAGCCUGAUCAGCGUGUAGGAUUUAAGUAGGUUUUUUUGUCGUCCUAUUUUGUGGAUGUCUUUUGCUUUUUCGUCAACCAUUUUCCACCCACUCCUAAAUGUAUUCAUCCCACUCCCAAUUGCUUCCAUCUUUCUCUAGCUUACGCUAAUAUAGUCCAGUAUUUGUCUGCUACAGCUCUUAUUUCAUCAACCUUUCUCUUUUGUGAUCUUUCCAUGCUUUUUGCCCUCCUCCUUGGUCUCCAUUUAGUAUUCUCCAUGUCCAUAUGUUACCAUAUUAUCUGGCUAUUAGACCAGCCCAGUGCCAUUACAUUUUUAUAUUUUUUUCCACGAUAUACCUGACCUUCGUUCUACGUCUUAUAUCGGAACUUCUAAUCUUGUCUUUUAGUGAUAUAUUCCAAGCAUACAGGGUGGGGCAUUAGUGUGACAAAGGCCAAUUACUCACUUGUCCUAAGAGAUAUGAAAAAAAGUUAUUUUGGUAAAAAUUGGGGCACAUAUAGUACCAUAAUUUAAAAAUAUUUUCAAAUAUACAGGGGCGUGCGUAUUUACAGGGUGACAGAAACUUAUGUCUUUUUAAAAUGAACACUCUGUAUAUUUUUACAUUUUUGGAUUCUCCCCAAUGUUUUCUUUCGUAAAAUAUAUGGUUUUGUAAUAUUAUACGAGGUAGU